UUCGACUGCUUGCUAGAUUACGAAUACAGAGGGAUGAUCUGAUCUGAUAUUGUUUAUUGAAUCUUUAUCGUUGCUCUAGGUCUAGUUUGUGUUAAAUUUAUAGACGAUAUGUAUUUUACAUUGCUGUGCACUCUAUUACUAUCAGGACUUAUUUCAAUUAAUGGAUACGAAGUCUCAGAAGCAAACAGCAAUGAUCUCUACGAAAUUGAAGGCAAAUUGUUUCCACUGGAGAGCUUAAAUCCCAACCCUAAUUGGAUUGCAGAGACACGAGUUAUUACCAAAGGAGGGCAACACAUGGGGUUUUUGAGGGAUGAUGGAAGCUUUGUCAUUCACAAUGUGCCAUCUGGAUCUUAUGUGCUGGAAGUGAUAAGCCCAAAUUACACGUAUGAGCCUGUCAGGGUUGAAAUUAACUCUAAAGGGAAGUUGCGUGCUAGAAAGGUGAACUACAUUCAGACGUCACAAGUAGUGCCGGUGCCUUAUCCUCUGAAGUUAAAGCCCCUUGGGGUCACACGAUACUUCUACGUCAGGGAGCAAUGGAGGGCCACUGACUUCCUGUUUAACCCAAUGGUCCUGAUGAUGGUGUUGCCUUUGCUGCUUAUCAUGGUUCUUCCGAGAAUGAUGAACGAUCCUGAAACUAGGAAGGAAAUGGAGCAGUUGAACAACUUGGCCAAAUACGACAUGCCCGAGAUGUCCGAAGUCAUCACUUCGUUCUUCGGAGGAUCGGACAAACAGAAACCAAAGUCUAUCAAAUCUGCGAAAAAGUCUAAACAGAACUCAUCAUAGUCCUAAAUAGACUAGAGGGUUAUUUGAAUUUAAUUAGAAAUAAUUUAUAAAAUGGAAAUUGUAUAGCUACAAAGACAUUGAAUUUAAAUGACAAAAUAGUAUUGUUAAUUUUAUUUGUAAAUAUAUGUAAAUUUAUAGUGUUACGCUUUAUAAAUUUGCACGUUGCAUUUUUUCAACUUGUUAGUAAAUCAAAUUGUCAUUUUGAAA